AUGAUGCGAGGAGAGUCAGGUUUGGGGUGGGACGAAAGAAAUAAGACUAUUGCGGCAGAUCACGAUUGGUGGGAACAAAAAAUAAAGGAAAAUGAAAAUUUUCGAAAAUUCAAGAACAAAGAUCUGUCCAUCAUAUGGUUUCGCUAUGAUGGCUUGUUCUCUGAUAUUGCAGCAACUGGGGAAAGAGCACGAGCUUCAUGUCAAUACGAAGAUCCAACCCAACUUUCGAGUACUGAUAAAGAGGAUGAUGCAAUUGACAACACUCAAGAAAUACAUGAUUAUGGAGAGUCAUUCGCUAGGGAGAAUACUCCCAAUUAUGUCAGAAUUGGUGACGAUUUGUUUCUAGAACCAAGCUGGCAACGAGAGACAACCCCGAGUGCUAAAAGGGUUAGGAAGGAAAAGAUGUCCAGUGCCGCUAUGUUGAGAACAAAUAUUGAAGAAUUGAUGCAAUUAUAUUCGAAUAGCACAAAUACUUCACACUCAAAUGCAGGACCAGAUGCAUAG